AUGUCCAGCUCCCUGUCCUCUCGCAUACUGAAGCCGAGCGAUGUUGCCCAAGACCCCGACAUUAUGCCUGUUCCCUACAACGAAUCCGACCCACUGCGAGAUCGGACAGACGAGUACUUCUGGAGCAAAGAUCUGCCCGCCGACAACAUUGUCUGCACUGUGGGAGACGGCACCGACAGCAUCACCACCUCCCAAUGCUGUCCCCAGGCAAUUGGCAUCUACUCCCCCAACGGUGGACGUCGAAUGAGCAACACCGCGCAGAACUCGACAUACGUCCACAAAUGCACACUGCAGCUGUCGCUGGAGGAAAAGCCGAACACGACCGCAGCGCGAGUGAACGCCACCUGCGUGCCGUUCGAGACCUACCUAAAUGUGACGAGGGAGCAGCGUAGAGACGAGAUCGAAAGACGAACGUACGACACUCUGAAGGGGAAAGCGAGGACUUUCAUGCAGUCAGUACCCGUCUGCUCGUCUGUUGGAUGGCCCGAGCGAUUCAACUACACGGGCAAAUGCUGCGAUAAACUGGGCGGUGAUCACACAAUGACCCAAGGCGGAGUCCUCAAGAGCGACAGGUCGGCGCACUCGCUCAUGGAUUGCUAUUCGCCUAAGAACGAUUCAGAGUUCCCCGCCAAGUUCACGCAGUGUCUGGACGACUUUGGCACUUGGGCUGUCUGCGCAGAGUCACGCUGGAAGACUGAUAAUGGAGAGACAGAUAGCAGCUCGGCCCCAGACACCACCAUGACCCGUAUGGGAGCCGGCUUGCUCGUCGCCGGUGCGGCCUUGGCUUUACUCGUGUAG